UAUUUUCGUCUAUUUCGAUCAUAACUUGAUAAUUCGAUAUCUCAGUCCAGAAGAGCCAUGCACCCAAACCCUUCUAGACUUUUUCACUACUCAGUAGGACCUAUCGAAUGGCAAUGGUCCCAAGCGAAAAGCGAUUUAACACCUAAAGAGGUUCCCUCGUUAAUAAAAUAGGCAUCAGAAUUCGACUUAUCGGAUCCUGUAGGAUAUUUUUAAUUCUGGUGAUUUCCGGAGCUCGGACGGUCGACCGGAUUCGGAGACCGGAAUCCGCUCAAUUCUUUCGCUUCCCGAUAUCUGGAUCCUGGAGGAUCCGAAGAUCGAAUCCGAAACCCUGAUUCAGUCCGAUCCACCGGCUUCCGGUAACCGGAAAUAGCCUGAACUCAUAGUAAAAGAUUGAUUGAUUUUCUUUUAAGUAACAUAAAAGUUUUAAGAUGUUAAGUGCAGAGAACAAUCAGGAAUAAUCGGGAACCAAUUAUUUAAUGUAAUAAACGUUACUUAAGCGCCUUAGAGUGGUAUAAUUGUUUGCCUCGAAGGCGACAUCUUUCCUUUUUAAUUGGCUUUUGUCUCUUCUCUUUUCCCACUUUUCAAUUAUUUUUAGCUAAUGGUUCAGCUACAUCUCGUUAACUUAAACAAAGUCUGUCGUCGAAGUUAUCUUACAUUACUCACAAACAAACUUACAAACAUUUCUGCGAAUAAUUCUAGUAGAUUAUUUUAUUUUCAAAACAAAAUAAUCGAACAUGAAAGAACUGAAACAACUUUGGUGAGACUAAAUUUCUUUUUCUACCUAUUGCUGCGUUUUUGGAUGUGUUGAAGGUAUUCGUGAGUGGGUCUGGCAAACCAUUCUUGAAGAAAAGCAUCUUCAUAACAAGCAAAGGGCUUUUAUAUCAAAAUUUUCUAAUAAUUUAUUAUUUUAUAUUGGAGCUCGCAUCUAUUCAGCAUUUUUUAGUGCAUUCUGACAAAACUUAUUUUUGUAUUAUAAUAAUGUUUUACCUUAUAUUUUCUAAGCAAAGAAGAUCUUGUUCGUACCACUUUUGACUUAUAGGUUCGACUUUAGCUGCGAUAAUGUUCUAUUCUAGGCAACUUUUCGAUUAGAGCUCGUUUAUCCUUUCUAGUAUAUAUUUUGUUAUGAAAACAAGCGUUUUUGAGCUCUGCUCCGAUCCUUCUUUCGUGAUAAAUUACUUUUUGCAAGAAAAGAUUUUGAAGUUUUCUAAAAAGAAAAACACAUAUUUACAUUUACUGCAAGUUUUUUUAAUACGAUAAAUAAAAAUUGAGGAUGACACCUGUGAAAUAAAUAUAGAUUUUUGAUAAAAGAAAACAUUACGUUCUGGAAGAGCGUGCUGUACAUUUGUUUAUUUUUUAUUUUUGUUGUCUUUGUUUAGAACAACUCAAAUAUCUUUUAAUGGACUUUGAUCUAGAAGAUGCCAUUGCUAUAGCUGAAGAAAGAAAACAAUGAAAAGCUGCUAAAAAUACCCAACGUAAAAGACAACAGCGGAAAUCAGAUGAACCAUCACCACCAUCCACUUGCUUAUCAUCCAACACUAAAAUAGGGGGAUCUAGUUCUAUCAUAACAGUCGCAUUUCAACCGCUCCUUACACCACCAACAUCCGCACCAACAACUAUUACUACUAAUUCUACAUCGGCAAUUAUUAGUGAACCAAAUGAGGACGAUGAUGUUAUCUAUUUUGAUAAAAACGAAGAAAAUAAUUUUAAUACGCUAGAAAAUAACAAUGAUAAUAAUAAUUCUAUGGAUUUUGAAUCACUUGAUGCUCCAUCUCCUGUAGAUACUAAACCUUUGCAUGCUUAUACAUCUUUAACAGCAGAUGAAUUUUGUUCGAAUCUAUUGAACGUUUUCCGUGAUUCAAAUGUCUGUAAAUCACAUUCUGAUCGUCUCUUAUCUCUAAUUCAGUCAGCAUUGCCUGCUCCAAAUAAUUUACUUCAUUCAAUGGAAAAAUUGCUACAACAAUUGAAUAUUGACGCUAAUUUGUUUCGCAAAAGAGUGUGUACAAUAUGUAAAAGCAGUUUACCAUAUUCAGAAAAUCAAUGUCCAACUUGA